GAGCCUAGAGAGAGCCUUGAGCGAGAGUCUUGUGAGAGUCUCCUCAAGUGAUAGAGAGGGCUUUGAGGAGAGCUCUUGAGUAAGUGAUUGCCUCUUUGAAAGAGGGGUGUGAGACUGAAGUAGUACCAUAUACAAAGAAUGAUGUGAGAUUGUGAGCUACCCGUUUACUUGUAAAAUAUCACUUGUACAUUUCAAUUGUAUGAUACAAACUGAUAUUGUUAGAUUGAGUCUUUGUGUUAUGAGUAGGUAUGUGAGGUACAAUAGUCCUUUGAUAUCGUGAUCCUGGACGAGGUCGGGGGUCGUAUUUUCCUCAACAGGUUCACUGUAUUUUGUUGUGAUUCCCUUGUCCUCGGUGGUAUUAUGUGGUGGCUGUGAGUUUUGUGGUGAACUCUUUGGGUACGUUCGAGUGGUCGGAGACCUGAACUAGAAGAUCUGUCAGCCUAGCAAAUACUCGCUCUGUCCCAAUUUGUAUCUGAAUGGAUCCAUCAACAAUGCCAAAAAGUCCCUGAGACACCAAAAGAAUUCGAAUUGAGUAUGCCAGACUGAGCCAAUAAGGCCAUAGGAGACCCACUGAAAAUAUUUUCGUGGGAUGGCCGUGUAAUACCUGGGGAGCCAGCAAAUGAAGGCCCAAAAAAUUGAGGGGAAGGCGGCUGGACUGGCUGAGAGAGUGUCGGAGAGUUUGCCAUUGGCCAAGGAAGGUGCGACGGGAUGCUGUUGAAGAGAGGAUAUGGAUGUGGCGGCGCCCAGACUGAGGAGGAGAAUUCUAGCGCGGAGAGUGAGUAUGGCGGAUGCGUCGUCGCAGAAGGAACGGCGCCAGAAAACUGCCGGGUCGACACCACUGCAGGGGAGGGUGUCGAAGAAGAGAUAAUCAAUGCAGUGGCGGACGACGACUGGGACUCGAAGGGUGGAUCCGCCGAAGACGAAACCGCUGGGACAGAAGAAGCGGCGGCGGAUGUGGAGGCCAUCGUCGACUGCUACGCGGAAGGGAUGAUCGAGCAAAGAGAGAGAAAAAAUAGGGUUUUCUCUAGACUCUUGAUACCAUGUGAGAUUAUUUGGGAAAAGGUACUCCAAUGAGAGUCUUGGGCUGA